AUGACGGCAUCCAGCGGGGUUGAAGAUCGGGCGGCGUUCCACCUGCUGGGUCAUCCGCUGCCGGCAUUGAUCGACCUGGUCACGACGAGCGGCACGGUGGAUCUGUUCACGCUGUCGCUGCGCCAACCGAUCAUGCUCUUUGUCUAUCCCUCCACCGCCUCUCCGCUCCGACCCACGCCCGCAGGCUGGUCUUCGAUUCCAGGUGCCACCGGAUGCACGCCCCACCUAGGAGCUGUCAAUUCCCACCUCGCGCAGCUGCUCGCCAAGGAACCCGAGCUCAAGAUCUUUGGCCUCUCCACCCAAGCCCAUGCCGAGCAGGUAGAAGCGAAGCAACGACUCGGCCUCAACUUUGACCUCAUCUCGGACGACAAGGAGGAGCUCACGACCGCGCUGGACAUUCCGACCUUCGAGGUGGAAGGCAAGAGGUAUCUGAAGAGAAUGACGCUAUUGCUGCGAGGAGGACAGAUCACGAGGGUGGAUUAUCCGAUCCAGGUGCCUGCCGAGGCAGCAAAGAGAGCCGAGGAUCUGCUGAGAUCCGAACAGGACCUCAUGGAUGAAGUGCAUGCACGAGAUGCGGCUGCUGCUCAGGCGCAAGCCUCAGCGUAG